CUCUUGCUGCACUUGCCCCUCUUCAAAGAGUUAUAUUUGAUGUGGAUGGAACUUAAUGUGAUUCAGAUCCACUCCAUUACCAUGCCUUCCGUGAAAUGCUUCAAGAGAUUGGUUUUAAUGGAGGAGUUCCAAUUACUGAGGAAGUCUACGUGCAGAAUAUUUCACAGCAAUAUAAUGAUGAUAUUGCUGUGUUACUCUUCCCAUUCGUUGUCAAAGGGGCUUGAAGUCCACAGACUAUUUGAGGUGCAUGCAGCUAACGAUCCACAAAGAAACCCUGCACUAGCAUCAAAGAGCUUUAGGAAUGGAGUUAGCUCCAGCGGUGAUACGUCAUCCAGUGCUUCAUCUGAAGUAACUUCAGCAACUCAAAAGAAGACUAAGGGAACUAAUCCUUUUGAUCAAGUGUAAUUCUUCCUGCAACCAAUGAUUUGGU